AUGCCAUCGAAGAAAGAGAUUGAUGAAUUAUUGAAGAUUUUUCAUGAUCUUGACAGAAACAAUGAUGGUAAUAUAUCAAGAACAGAAUUACUAUCCAAGAUAGGUACAAAAUCUGCGGAAAGACAAAAAGUUAAUGAACUGAUGCAUCUGAUGGAUAUAAACGGUGAUGGAAUGAUUAGCUUGGGAGAAUACAGACUGGUGUUGGGAUUAUCAGGUCAAUCAGUCGAUGCCUGGAAGCGUCUUUUUCGAAAACUGGAUAAAGAUAGAUCUGGAUCAUUAGACUUCCAUGAAAUCUGUUCACUGUUCGGUAAUACUGAUUCAGGCGAAGUAAGAGAAUCAGUUACAAGUUAUAUGCGGAAGUAUGAUACUGAUCGAGAUGGUCGAAUUAACUUGAGAGAAUUUUUAACAUUUGCUGCAGAACAAGCCGGAAAAGAUUUAUAG